AUGAACCGCCUUUUCGGAGCCAAGAGCAGCGCGCCCAAACCGACACUCAACAGCGCCAUCUCCAAUGUCGACACACGCAUAGAAAGCAUCGACGUCAAGCUGGCGAAGCUUAAUGCCGAGCUCUCCACCUACCAGCAGAAGCUCGCCAAGAUGCGCGACGGCCCCGGCAAAACAGCCAUCAAACAAAAAGCCCUCAAAGUCCUCCAGCAACGGAAACAAUACGAAGCGCAGCGCGACCAGCUGCAGGCGCAGUCGUGGAAUAUGGAGCAGGCCGGCAUGAUGCAAGACAACCUCAAAAACACAAUGACUACCAUCGACGCCAUGAAGACGACGACCAAGGAGCUACGGAAGCAGUACGGCAAGGUCAAUAUCGAUAAAAUCGAUAAGCUUCAGGACGAGAUGGCGGAUCUUAUGGAUAUGGGAAAUGAUAUACAAGAUGCCAUAAGCCGCAGCUACGAUGUGCCAGAGGACGUGGACGAGUCAGAGUUGGAUGCUGAGCUGGAGGCAUUGGGUGAUGAGGUCGACUUUGAGGGCAUCGGAGAGUCGUCAAGCAUGCCGAGUUAUAUGCUGGACGAUGCUGCGCCACCCCAGUUCAUCGACGAAGCGCCUACAACUGGCAACAAGGUCAAGGAAGCUGCAGGCUGA